AUGUCCUCAGACAGCAUCGCAGAAGAGACAGAUGCGCUCAUUCAGAAGCUGAAUGCGCUUUCGAUCAAAGAUAAAAGGCUCGUUAAAUCCACGACUCACCUUGCUCCUGCAGAUCUUAGCAUUGAAGUCCAAAGCUGGAAGAUGAAUGAGUUUAAGUAUGCAACUUAUCCCAGUCCUUUCCCCACGCUUGCCCGGGGCCUUUUCACGCGUCAAGCUUUGACUGAUGAUGACAAAUGCGCAGGUGUGGGAGGUCAGCACACUGUUGUAGCUCGUGGGUAUGAUAAGUUCUUCAACAUCGGUGAAGUCCCGUGGAAUACGUGGCCAGCUCUCGAGAAAAACACAACAGCUCCCUACUAUCUUACUCUUAAAUCGAACGGCUGCAUCAUUUUCGUCGCCGCCCUCGCAAAUGAUAAGCUAAUUGUGACCUCUAAACACUCGGUAGGCCAACAUACAGGAGCAGAAAUUAGCCAUGCAAUGCAAGGGGAGAAAUGGCUGUAUAAGCAUCUCAAAGCCAAGGGGAAAAAGCCCGAGGAGCUUGCAAGCCGAUUGCUAAGGGAAAAUAUAACCGCGGUGGCCGAACUCUGUGACGAUUCAUUCGAGGAACACGUCCUUGCGUACCCUCCAGAGCUCACUGGCCUCCAUUUACACGGCCUUAACAAAAAUCAAGGAGCCUUCUCGACUGCUCCACCUUCUGACGUUGACGCCUUUGCUGAGGAAUUUGGGUUCAUCAAAACUGCCUAUGUAACCCUCAACUCCGUUAAUGAAGUCAAAGAGUUCACAGACGAUGUCGCCCAAACGGGCUUCUGGAACGGUGAUGCAGUUGAGGGUUUUGUUGUUCGUACCAGGGUGAAGGCACGCGAUUCAUCGGAGGCGCCUGCCAAAGUCGACCCAAGAGAUAUACAUACACCUCCUCCUUAUCCCCCCGGCACGGAUUUCUUUUUCAAAGUGAAAUUUGAUGAACCAUACCUUAUGUACCGGGCGUGGCGCGAAAUCACCAAGACAAUCCUAUCAUACAAACGCGAUAGCAGCAAACCACUCAACAUACCGAAGUCGCGCCUGGAGCGGCCUGAAUCUCGAGUAUACCGUAACUGGGUCGAGGAUGAAAUCGACGCUCACCCCAAAGAAUUCGAGGGUUUCUCGAAAGGCCAAGGUGUCGUCGCUACGCGAGAGAGGUUUUUGAAGUGGCUAGAGACGCCCACAGGUCAAAGGAAGCUGAUCGCCGCAGGGGGAGCCUUGAAAAAGGAUGGGGCACAUGCUCUUGCCAACCCAGAAGCCGUCACUACCACUCCGCGGAAAGAGUUUGGUAAGACCAUCAUAGUUCCUAUUGCAGUGCCUGGCUGCGGCAAAACUGCUCUUUCUGUUGCCCUUUCUCGGUUGUUCGGUUUUGGGCAUACUCAAAGCGAUGAUGUGAAGGCCAAGAAAACAGCCUCCAUAUUCCAAAGUAAUAUUACGAAGUUGUUGAAGGAGUAUGACGUGGUCAUCGCCGAUCGGAACAAUCAUCUCAGGCAGCACAGGGUAGGAAUUCUUGAAGCGGGAACCAUAUACGAAGAAAGCGUCGCGCGGGAGAAGCGUGCCGACCCCCUCCCAAUUCGUCUCAUAGCUUUGUACUGGAAUAUCCGCAAGGCUCCCCUCGCUACCGUUCACCGUCUCUGUGCGGAUCGUAUACUUCGCAGAGGGGACAAUCAUCAGUCCCUACGUCCUGCGGCCGUCUCGCACGAGGAGAUCAUCUGGCUUUUCAUUACAGGGUCCCAAGAGCUUGCGGAUGGGGAGGUAGAUGAUGUUAUCGAGUUGGACCCCCGAACCGAGUCGUUAGAAGAGAAUGUCAGGAAGGUUAUCGAUGGUCUCCUCCCGCUUCUCCCAGACCUUCAACGGCCGAAUGAUGAGCAAAUUGCCGAAGCCUGUGACUUCGCUCUGGGAUAUAAGGUCACUGUCAAAAAGGAGAGUCAAGCGACAAGAACGAAAGACAGGACGCGGUACUAUGGACUUCUGGCUGAAAUCGAUCUGCUAAACAUCGUUGAAAAAGCAUUAUCGCAAGACAACGCGCCGAAUGUUGCCCUAAAGUUUUGGGAUGAGCCGCACAUCACCAUUGUCCAUUCCAACAGUCUCCCAGCUGAGGAGCGACUAUGGGAUGCCUGUAAUGCAUUGAACAGACCUCCAGGUCCUCGGAAGAAUAGCUCAACUAUUUAUCUCCUGCCCCUGUUUGACUUCUCUAUUGGUAGUCUUCUGUGCGAUGGGAACGUGAUGGCUUUGACAGUCGAAGACCUCCGUGUCCGCGAGACUCCUGAGAACGAUGUUGGUUCUAAGGCAGCACAUGCCGUUCUCGCUGCGAUGAACGAAGAUCGCAAAAUUAAGCUUCAUAUCACUGUAGGGACAAAAGGCGAGUCUGUUUCGGCAGUGUUAGCUGGUGAGAUGGUAACAAAGUGGAGGAAAGGGGAGAAGAGUGGGAUUGGGGAAGUUUCACUGGAAAAUCAAAAUGGCAGCGGUCUGAUUAAAGGAUUGUCAUGA